UUGUUAGUUGUUUGACUUUCUGUCUCUGUGUCGUCCCUUUACGUGGUCAGUUCCUGCUUCUGUACCUGUUGGUCAGAGUAUUUAAGAGCUGGUCUUUCUUUCCUCAGUGUUGUUCUCCACACAGGAAGCCUGAAGCCACCACAGGCCGACGCUGAGAAGAAAGAAGAGAAGAUCAUUCUGCAGCAGAUUCGGACCACAAAGAUGCUGACUGUGUGUCUGCUUGUUUGUGCCAUGAUGGCACUGACCAGAGCUGCAGCUCUUCCAGGAGAAAUACCUGAGAAAAAUCAAACAGCAGAGAGUCACCUGGUCAAGAGGUCCACGUCUUGUUCAGCUGGUUGGUCUACGAUCAAUGGUCGCUGUUUCCGCUAUGUUCCAAACCCCAUGACUUGGGCUAAAGCUGAGAGAAACUGUCGGUCCAUGGGUGCAAACCUGGCAUCGGUGCACAGCACACAGGACUACCAUCAAAUUCAGUGGCUGAUACUGACCGCCACUCAUCAGUACAAAGACACAUGGAUUGGAGGCUCUGACGCAGAAGAGGAGAAUAUUUGGUUUUGGAGUGAUGGCAGUCCUUUCCACUAUACAAACUGGUGUCAUGGAGAACCGAGUAACAGUCAUGGCAGGGAGGGCUGUUUGCAAAUGAAUUUUGGAGGUCAAAAGUGCUGGAAUGAUGAAAGGUGUAACGUACAUUUCCCAUCUAUCUGUGUCAAGAGAGGCUGAUGAUUCCUGUCAGAAUCCACCAUACACAUUCAUAUGUGUUUGUGUUUAUCUUUGCAAACUCAUCUGUAUCAGUCUCAUAUAUAACCUGAAGGUUCUAUAUCCAAUUUCACUUCUAUAUUUCCUCUCUAUCGCUGUGACGCUACUUAAGGAAUAAAGCAACAAGUGACAUAAACUGGAGCUGGAUCGUCUUUUAGGAGGCAAACUGUGUAAUGAAAAGAAUGAUUUUAGCACAACUUUAUUCUGCAGAGUGAACUCUUCUUUCU